GCUCCGCUCUGGACCAGUUUGGGGAAGUUGCCGGAGCCCCGUGUCGCCCAGAUGUGCGACCUCAUUGAGCCGCAGCCGGCCGAGAAGAUCGGCAAGAUGAAGAAGUUGCGGAGAACUUUGUCGGAGAGUUUCAGCCGCAUUGCUUUGAAGAAAGACGACACCACCUUUGAUGAGGUAGGUUAAAUUUCUUUAUCUAAUGUUAGAUGU